AUGCAGACCAGCAUCCAUACAGCAAUGCUGCCUGGAACUGCUAGCCGUCAUCAAGAUGCUGCGAGAGAAUACCUUCAAGCUUAUAAAUUAUUGCCAGAGAAUCCCCUGAUUAAUCUGUGUGUCGGUACUGCCUUAAUCAACUUGGCCCUUGGACACAGACUUCAGAAUAGGCACCAGUGUGUUGCACAAGGCUUAGCAUUCCUCUACAAAAAUUUGCAGCUUUGUGAAUUCAGCCAAGAGUCUUUUUUCAACAUAGCCAGGGCAUACCAUCACGUCGGUCUUGUGACGCUGGCAGCUUGGCACUAUGACAAAGUUCUUGCAAUGCAUGUGAAGGAUUACCCCAUCCCAAAACUUCCCCAUGAAAAGCCAGAGUCUGUUGAAAAUCGAUUACCGGGUUACUGUGACCUUCGCAGAGAAGCAGCUUUUAAUUUGCAUCUUAUAUACAAAAAGAGUGGAGCAGUUGAUCUUGCUCGACAGGUCUUGAGAGAUCACUGCACUUUCUGA